GACGAGUGGGUGAGCCGCCCGUUUGGCGGCCUGUCCUACAGGACGACACAGGUACUCACCGGGCAUGGCUGCUUCGGUGAGUACCUGUGCAGGAUAAGGAAGGAGCCGACGACACAGUGCCACCACUGUGGCGCCGACCGGGACUCCGCGCAGCACACGCUGGAAGAGUGCCCAGCGUGGGAAGAGCUGCGCGGAGUCCUGAGGGCUGAAGUGGGAAAUGACCUCUCCCUGCCGGCCAUCAUUAGUCAGAUGGUCAGCAGGGAGAGCGCCUGGAAGGCGGUCUCCUCCUUGUGCGAUCGAGUCAUGCUGCAGAAGGAGGAGGCCGAAAAGGUGCGGGAGGGUCAGCCAGGGGGCCGUAUGCCCCCAGGCAACGCGAGAAACGGAAGGGGCGGCGGAGACGGGGGUCACGAUUCGUCUCGGCCCCCGCCCCGUCUGCCCCAACGGAGAAGAGGCGCCCCCCGCCCCCGGAGGUCUACCGGACGGCGGCGGGGCAGAAAAACCGUGGCGGCCACCCCCUCCCAACCCACUAUCGUGGAGGAGAGGGACGAUGGCGACCGCCACGGAAAUGAUGAAAGGAAGCGACCCUCCUCCCCUACGGCAGCCGGCCCAGCUUUCGGUUUCGACGACGGUGACUUCUCUUGGCGAGCGCGUCUUCUCAGAUGCGAACGCGCUCGAGCCCCGCCACCGCGUCAAGGUGGAGGUCACAUCGGCGGGGAGGCAGAUUGGCGGGAAGUGCUAUACCAAUCUGCGCAAAGAUGA